UGGGCUGGGCUUUUUUUGGUGUAAUUCUUACCACUAGUAAACAAACGGUAAACCUUUACGCCCAAGCUGUGGGAAGGUCGCGGUUUACUUCCGAUCACCUCCUCCCUCCUACUCAAUCGCGCGUUUUAACUGCCUAUGGAGGUGAACGGCUAUUAUUUUAAUGACGGCAAGGCAGAAAAAGAGGAGGACGCACCGGAAAAACCACCGGAGGAAAAAGAGCUUUCAGGCGGUGGCCGCGAAGAUGCCGUCGCGGAGUCGAGCGGAGGAGGCGUGCCGCGAGAGCGCCUGGCUUCCCACUCAAGAACCAGGCAAAGGAUUGACUCGCUGAAGAAGAACAGGCCGCCUUUUCCAUGGUUUGGGAUGGAUAUUGGAGGGACCUUGGUUAAGCUUGUUUAUUUUGAACCAAAAGACAUAACUGCUGAAGAGGAACAAGAAGAAGUAGAGAAUUUAAAAAGCAUCCGACGAUAUCUCACAUCCAACGUUGCGUAUGGCUCCACAGGAAUUCGAGAUGUACAUUUAGAGCUCAAGGACUUGACUUUGUGCGGGCGCAAAGGCAACCUUCAUUUUAUUCGAUUCCCUACUCAGGAUAUGUCUGUCUUUCUUCAGAUGGGAAGAGACAAGCACUUUUCAAGCCUGCACACUACCUUAUGUGCCACUGGAGGGGGUGCAUAUAAAUUUGAACCAGAUUUUCGCACGAUGGCUGAUCUUCAGCUGCAUAAACUAGAUGAACUUGACUGUCUUGUCAGAGGAGUUUUAUAUAUUGAUUCGGUUAAAUUCAAUGGAAGCUCUGAAUGCUAUUACUUUGAAAACCCAACAGACCCUGACUUGUGUCAGAAGAAGCCCUACAACUUAGAAAACCCAUAUCCUCUCCUUUUGGUAAACAUUGGAUCAGGUGUGAGCAUUUUGGCUGUAUAUUCUAAGGACAACUACAAGCGAGUAACUGGAACUAGUCUUGGAGGUGGGACAUUUCUUGGGUUGUGUUGUUUAUUGACUGGUUGCUCAACAUUUGAAGAAGCUUUGGAAAUGGCUUCACACGGUGAUAGCACCAGGGUGGAUAAACUGGUGAAAGAUAUUUAUGGAGGUGACUAUGAGAGGUUUGGUCUCCCAGGUUGGGCUGUAGCAUCAAGUUUUGGAAAUAUGAUGUGCAAAGAAAAGAGAGAAUCUGUUGGCAAAGAGGAUCUGGCCAGAGCAACGUUAGUCACUAUUACAAAUAAUAUUGGAUCAAUAACUAGAAUGUGUGCUUUAAAUGAAAACAUAAACAGAGUUGUAUUCGUUGGCAACUUCUUGAGGAUCAAUACUCUUUCAAUGAGACUUUUGGCAUAUGCUAUGGACUACUGGUCAAAAGGACAACUAAAAGCACUUUUCCUUGAACAUGAGGGAUAUUUUGGAGCAGUUGGUGCCUUACUGGAACUAUUGAAUCCAUCACAGCUCUAAUUUCCAACUUUCUGUACUGUAAUGUUUUCAAGAAGAAAAACCAAAACGUGAUAACUCUUAAGGGACCGUUCACCAAAUGUUUACCCUAUAAUCAGGGAUUUUAUGUGGAAUUAACUAUACUGUUUAUUUUAGAUAAUUUUUACAUGCUAAACUAUGCCUAGCAGCAAAUUAAAAUAUUAAGAAAACAUGCAGAAAUUUAAACACACUAUUUAUUUAUUUCACUGAAACAGAAGUCUCAGUUGGUGUAUUUGGACUUAAUUUAUGUACAUAACAGUGACCUAAGUUAAAUUUAUCUGUGUUUUGUCCACCACAUCAUCAACCCUUUUAAUGUUUAAUUGUGCUUUCUUUGUGUUCUGUCAAAAGCUAAUUUUAAAUUGUAAUGCAGCUAACAACAUGUGUUUCACAGUAGUGUCCACGCCAUUCUCAUUCAGCAGAUUAAAUGUUAUGUUGCAGUUGAUGUGUACAUUUUUCUUACUCAUAAAUAUUUUAUUGUCCUAACUUAAGAAAUUGACAAAGCUACAUGGCAUUCUUUAGUGAAAAAAACUCAUAUGCUAAUAUUGUAAUCAUUCAUUUGUUUAUGGCAGAAUUUAUUGAACAGUGUGGUUUUCACUCUACUUUACAAGCUUCUUAUACAAUUUAAAAAUGUCUGCAUCUCUAGUAUAAAACUAUGUUAGAAUUGUCUUCUACAGGACAGGCCAGUGCAGUCAUAUUCAGCUGCUUGUGUUUAGUGCUGCUUCAUUGUUGGUUUCCUUUUCAAUGAUGAGUAUGAAGUAGUUUUGAGGAGUUUGCAACUCUUUGCAAAAAGAGGAAAUUUGCUCUGUCAAGACUGACGAAAAUUUUUUUUGACUUUGGCCUGUACUAAAAAUGCUCUGAUUGUCUGCCGAUUUUAUUUAUAUAUAUAUAUAUAUAAUGUUUAUAUAUGUAUAUAAAAUUCUUUUCGCGUUUAAAAUGGAA